AUGUUGACAACAUCCCCAAGGAUUCACAGCUCCGCCAAUGCCUCACCCAGCACUUUCCACUAUGCUCCCACCCGCUCCUCGCCUCAGUCUCCUUCCUCCCGGCUAUCGGCCUCCCUGACGCGACGACAUUCUCGAUCCCAUUCAUCAACAGAGUCUUUGUCUUCCACUUCGCCCACGCAACAGCAACAGCAACAGCAGCAACAGCAGUUACCGAAACCCAGCCAGACACAGCCGCAAGCACAAUCCCCUCACUCGCAGCCCAGGCGGUAUGUUGCGGUCGACGCAGGCACGCAAUACUCUCCUAUGGAAGUCUCCUCGGUCACUGCCGUCCAGGCGCGGCGCGGCGACACAACUCCGCCCGUCAACACACCCAUGCCUCUCUCGCAGACCUCUGCGACUCAGCAGCCCGAACCGGCAGUAGCCUUAACAUCAGUAGCACGGACCCAACAGCCCAUACUCAACGAGCCCGCGUCACAGACGUCUGCACUACGGCAAGCCAGCGACAAUACGCUGUCUCCCGGCAAGCGUCGCAAGUCGCAAGACCAUGGCGCUCACGCGCAGACCGAUCUUUCCAGCAUCGCUGACACCGAGGCCGCCAACGCACCUAAGAGGCAGAGGCCGGCACCGGCGCCCCAGAAAGUCCUGCCUCUACGAUACGAACUCGGCACGACCGAAGACAUGGUGGUUCUGAUCGCCCACAUGCUCUCCGAGCUGAUCGAGACCAAUGAUGCGCUUGCUCUACAGUCUGGGAAUCUGACUAGGUUUCAUUCCAGAACCGCGCCGAGCAUAUCCGUCCUUGAGUACCUUAAUCGGCUAGCCAAGCAUGCGACAUUGACGCCGCCGCUCUUACUGUCCAUGGUCUACUACAUUGAUCGCCUCUGCGCCCUCUACCCCGAAUUCACCAUCAACACUCUCACGGUGCACCGCUUCCUCAUCACUGCUGCUACCGUCGCCGCCAAAGGUCUGUCCGACUCGUUUUGGAAUAACACUACAUAUGCGCGCGUGGGCGGUGUCAAGGUCGCCGAGCUCAAGCUCCUCGAGCUCGAGUUUCUAUACCGCGUCGACUGGAAGAUUGUACCGAACCCGGAGGUACUGGUGGCGUAUUACCGCGGCCUCGUCGAGCGAUGUCCAGGUUACGCUCUCGAGGGAGACGACCAAGCCGGUUCAAACACUGAUGACGGUCCAAGUAAGGAAGAGGACGACUCCAGUGACAUCUCGGACGAUACCGACGAGGAGGAGAAUAACGGGUCGCCUGGGGAGGAUACGCCGGCAGACGGCCCUCCUGAGCGCAAUAAUGCAUGA